GUGCAGGCCUGCACCUUCCUUCCUCUGAUGGUUGCAACGCAGCAUAUGGACGAAGUACUUCGUACUUUGUUGUAGCAAAGCGACUCGACCUCGCCGCAUGAACAAAAAAAAAAAAAAGCAAGCACCGCCGCCACAAUCCAGCCAGCCCUACCACGACUCCAAAAAGAGCCAACAACCAACCUUGGAACCUUUUCCUGUCCCCAACCUGCACCGUUGUGCUCCCAGGAACGCACGACCCCUCGGCGACUCGGGCCCAUCUUCUACUACUGUGUCUCUACAAUUGCACCUGCGAGCGCCCCAACGCUGCCUUUUGCGCCUCCUUGAGCCUCAUGGGCCCCCCUGUCUGUCGAUGAAGCCAUCGAUGCGAGGCCCUGUCGAAACGAGUCGCCCGAAACUCCCCGCGAGGGGUCUUUGAGAGCGCCCCGGGCAACCUCAGCUCUCCGGCGGCCACUGCUGUGCUCCCUGGCCAGGCCCCGAGACUUGCAGCCGCGCUGCCUCGUCCGUUGCGCCAGAGGUAGUUCCUUGCAUCGACCUGCAGGCCCGCGCCUCCAAUCAUGGCCCUGCAGGCUGUGCCACCCCAGCGCACCCAGGACUCCUCGGCAGCUCCCCGGCCGCAGGCCUCCGACGGCUCGGCUGAUGGCGCGGCCGAUGCGGCAGGAGCAGCAGCUGAUGUCGAUGUUGGUGAUGUCGCCGUGGCCGUGGCCGUCGACGACGACCGAUGCGCGGCGCAGUCGCCGGCCAGUCCCAAGCCCACUUCCCCAAGAUGCAUUCCCGCCCCUGCGGCCGACCGAGUCUUUGAGCCCGACGACUGCUCAUGGAUAACGCCAAAGGACAUGGCCCUGCUUCACGCUCUAGGCGACACCGAGCUGGCCACCAAGUCUCGCGCCGACACCCUGAGCCAACAACGCAUCAGAAGACUGCCCCGGGGCGCCAGGCCCGUCAGACUCAUUGGCGAAGGCUCCGCCAACGCCGUCUUCGAGUUCAGGUUGCCGCGGCGUAAUGGCGGCGGUUGCAACUUUAGUGGUCUGCUGUUGAGAGUGGCUAAAGUCCCAGCUCUCGGUCAUCCGCCGACGUACAACUAUCUCGCCCAGCAAAAUUUCUACCAGGGAGCCAUCAAGCCUCUCCUAGGUAGCUAUGCCAUUCGCCAAGAACUCGUUAUCCUUCGCAAGUCCGGUAUUAUCGAAGAGCUUAACAAUUACCUUCGUGACAAUGAUGGAGAGCGCAAGGAUAAGUUCAAGGGAACCUUUGUCGGACAGACGGACUGGGGUUUCCUCGUCGAGGAUAUGCGACCCGCGAAGCCAGAAGACUCCACCUUGAUCGAGUUUAAGCCAAAAUGGCUCUCCCAGUCUCCCAGCGCCCCUAAGGAUGCCGUCAGGUGCAGGCAGUGCGCCAUGGAGCUGCGGAACCUCAUCCACGACCCGUCGCGCAGCAGGACCAUGCCAGAGAAGAAGCCUUGCCCGCUGGCCUUGGACGCCGACAACGCUCCUCCGCAAGCCAGCUCGCCUUUCCGCAUCGCCCCGCAGCUUGCUUUGACUGACGAGCAAGAGCAUUACCGAGCGGUCUUGUCCAGCGUCGCGCGACAUCCUGCGAUUCAUGACUUGAAACUUCAACAGAUUCGCCAUGACAAGCUCGGCCCAUUAAACGCGGCGCCUACGGACCCACGCUUCGUUAUCGCUAUGACGCUGCGCGACUGCACCUGUUUCGUUCAAGUACACCGCCGCGACCGUUCCGUCAAGCUGCGGAUGGGCGACUUUGACUGGAAAGACCCUCUAGUAAAGGUUGAGCGCUGGCAAAAGGCCGAACAGGAGCUCAUCGAAAGGGGCUUCUACACAGCACGGUGGAUUCUCUGCGGCGGCGUCUUAUACCGCCCACCCACACUGUGCGCUCUCGAGUUCGCUGCGACGUCGCCGAGCAACCAGACACAAAUGAUCAACGUCGAGGACAGGGCCAAUGCAGGGGUGAUGAAUGAGGACAGAACCCUGGUCGAGGACAAGGCAGGGACCAGGAUUUUCAAUUACAACACCGACGUCGCAUCCUUGCAGCGAUUGCUUGAGCCGUUUCGAAUAGCACACAAGACAAACGACAAGACAACCGCUGACGGCAAAACGUAACGGCAUGACCCGGUUUUUGGAUUCGAUUUUCAUGUUUUUCCUAUCGCGUCUCUUACAUUUCGGCGGUUGACCAUGCUGGCCAUAUCAGCCGGGCAGAGGCUGCUUGCUUGAAUGGGAGCGGAAAAUCCGGCAACAAGACGCUUUUGGCUGCCCUCUGGCGUUGGCGGAUGGGCUGGCCAGAGAGCAAAAGUUCAAAGGGGCCCCAGUUUGGCAUCGGAAACACAGAACGAUGCUCGGACCUGAUGGUUCAUGUUUGUAUGGUGCAGUGUGCACAGUUAGACUUGAAAGGUUGUAUAUAUCGCUCAAGACAUCUCGGAAGACCAGACAGGGUUAUUCACACAAAGCUCGAACGCCUGAAUGCCGA